GCGCGCGUCACGUGCUGGCGGCCGCGACCAAUAGCGAGCGAGCGGUGCGCGGGGGGCAGCGCCCCGCCGCCAGUGCAUCGCAGAUUGCCGAGCGGGACGCACGCUCCUCGCUGCGACGCUCGAUUUCACCGAAAACCGGUCCGACAACAACCCGUGUCAUGUUAUAGUGUAGUGCGAUGAGUGCGUGGACGGAGGAAGUGUUAUCCUGGCAUGAGGAGCGCCUCGGUCUCACCGAAUUGCCGACUACGACGAGACGGAAAAACCGAACCGCUCCGUAUAGAAUACACAGACCGCAUCUGUCUACGUCUCACGUGCCCGAACCCGUCCCGGAGCCUCAGGGAACGCACAUUUCUAGGCUAUAUCCGGAACUUCUAGCUUUAAUAUUUGAAAAAUUACCAGUGCGUGACAAGGGGCGGGCGGCCCAGGUCUGCCGCACUUGGAGAGAUGCAGCCGACCGUAGAUCGGUUUGGCGCGGAGUCGAAGCGGCGCUACAUUUGAGAAGACCGGCGCCGGUCCUGUUCGCUUCAUUAGCUAGAAGAGGGGUGCGGAAGCUGCAGGUGCUAUCUCUGAGACGAGGCUUGAGAGAUGCCGUCGCGUCACUGCCGGGACUCGAGUCACUAUCGUUGAGCGGCUGUUACAGUGUAACAGAUGCAGCCCUGGCUAGUGCAUUCGCUUCCGAACUUCCAGCUCUCAAAAGACUAGAUUUAUCACUAUGCAAACAAGUAACCGAUUCAUCUCUAGGAAGAAUAGCUCAAUCACUCAAAAAUCUGGAAGAAUUGGAGCUCGGCGGCUGUUGCAAUGUGACCGACACUGGUCUUUUGUUGAUAGCGUGGGGGUUGAGAAAACUGCGUCGACUAAACUUGAGAUCCUGUUGGCAUGUAAACGACGACGGAAUAGCUCACCUGUGUGGAGGAGGAGAAGCGAGAGGAACUCCAGAAUUAGAAUAUUUAGGCCUCCAAGAUUGCCAAAGGCUCACGGACGAAGCCCUAAAGCAUGCAGCUACCGGUCUUCCUAAACUCAAAUCCAUUAACCUUUCCUUCUGCGUCGCCGUCACAGAUGCGGGUCUAAGGCAUUUAGCAAAACUUCCACUCUUAGAAGAUGUCAAUUUGAGGGCGUGCGAUGGCGUAUCAGAUGCUGGUGUAGCACAUAUAGCCGAGAGCGGAAGGUUGAGGUCGUUGGAUGUAUCAUUCUGCGACAAAGUAGGCGACGAAGCUCUUCUCCACGCCACUUUGGGCUUAUCGGGUCUACGGUCGCUAUCACUCAGUGCUUGCCGGCUAACCGACGAAGGUUUAGAGAGGGUAGCCAGGCUGUCGCAGCUAGAAACACUCAAUAUAGGCCAAUGUACGCGGGUCACGGAUAGAGGAUUGCGUGCGUUGGGCGAGGGCUUGCAGAAUCUAAAGGCAAUAGACCUAUACGGAUGUACGUGUAUAACCCCGCAGGGCUUGGACCAUAUCGUGAAGUUGCCACGGCUGAGUGUGCUCAACCUCGGCCUGUGGCAUGUGCGGUGACCACACACACACUAGUCUGUGUCUCGUUUCGCGUGUGUUAGUGCGACGGCCAUGUUUGAAUGAAGGAACCGCCAAGGUUGUAUUGGACAGCGAAUAUAAAAUUAACCAAUUUCAAGAUAUUUGAUUGUAGUUAGGAUCCGGGGUUGCUCUCCUGUUCGGUUUCGUUCUGUGUUAUCGAUUAUUAAUUAUUGUUAUAAUGUUGUUGUAAUGUAAAUUGUAAUUUUCCGUUGGUCCAUGUUGAGUUUGAGGCGAGUCUCCCCGAUGCCUAGUCGCUGAUGAAAAUCGAAAUUUGUUUGUUUUCGUUUGUCCCACAUUUCAAUUUGUUUUUCUUUCCGUUACUCGUUUUGCCUUAUACGGAAAAUAAACAAGUUUCAAAUUUCAUUAUAAUUGCUCCAUUAGUUAGUUUAGCCAUUCUUCAAAUUGGUAUUUUUAAUUCGAUCUAAUGUUGAUAUCUGUGAUUUGUUAGCGAAUUUGACUGUUUCGUUUUUUUACAAGUUAUGUAAACGUAGUUAUAAGUAUAUAAUAACAAAUUUUGUCUUCUACAUUUUUUUUUAUUUCAACUAUUUUUUAAAGAAAGUAAUUGUAAAAUGUCUUGUUUUGAGACAAUUUUAUUGACAAAUGCAGUAAUACUAACUUAGUAGCUCGUUGUAGAUCAAAACUGAAAGUUAUUGAGCACUUACUUGUUUCUGUACAACAGUUCUCAAUUGUAUAAAAUUAUUUACAGUUGGAAACAUUCGUGUACGAUACAAUACAAAUAACUUGUGCAAAAGUAUGAAGAAAUAAGAAGUAUUUAUCGAGAUAUCCGUUUUUUUUUUCAUUUUAUAUCAGUAUUUCAUAUCACUGAUAUAACAUUUAAAAUUUUUAACACUAUCGAGCCAAUAAUGGACAGAAAUUCAUUUCCAAAUUUGUAUUAUGACAUUGCGAAUACAUUUCAUACAUAAGUCAUAACAUCUAAAAACAACCAAUGUAAUACAAAAUUGGUUGUGAAAUGGACAUAUUCAAACAAGACUGCAUUACGAAAUUAUAGGAAAAUUACCUCUCAAGACAAUUCGUUUUAUGAGCUUGUUUCUGGGCUCAAACAUCAGACAUCUUGUCUGCAUAUUCCAAUUCUUAUAUUCAUAUUUCAUACUACAUGUAUGAUUUUUCUAUUAUUUCAAUAAAACUGUAGUGCUUAGAAAAAUCUUGAGUGUUGUAUAUUAUGUAUUGCAAUCGAACAAAUAAGUAACAAUGUACAUUUGUUUAAUUCCGUAUAUGCUUACGUAAGGAACUUCUGGUUAGUGUGAGUUUUCUAGUACUGUUUAGUGCUACUACUAAUAUUAGCCUGAGAAGUAACUAAAGCAGAUAUACAUAUUAUAUAAUAUAUACUUUACAAUAAUAUUGUAUUCUGAUUAUACUCAUGUUGUAUGCAUUCAGUUGCAUUUUUCAUACGGUAAUAACUAAUAAGUUAUCAAAAUUGUAAAAAUAACAAAAUAUAUGCAUCUGAUACGUCCAAAAUGUUAUCUGAUAAUAAUUACCGAUAUCAGAAAUCUAAAUAUUGCUGUAUGCCUAUAAUACCUUCUGAUGCCAAAGUAAUUUGAAAACUUCUUCCAAAUGUUUUUGUCUUAUGUUCUAAUAGUCACAUUCAAUUUGAAGAAUAAAAUAGGUUAAAUGUUCUAAUGUCUUUUUUCUAUUAUUAAUCUUGGGCAUCUCGCCAAUAAUGAUUUCCAAUGUUUUUUAUAAAUAUUUGAUUAGCAAAGAUCUCAUUCUAUACGUAAUUUUAAUCUGUUUUGAAUUGUAAACAUAAGGUCGAAUUAAAAAUUAAACUUA